GCCAUUUGGCCAUUGCAUCUAGGUUAGCAUUCUCCCCACACCCCCUCGUUUCAGUGCCAAGCCAGCACUACCUCGCCUAGCGUCCUAACCCACCACAGCACGGCGCGCCCAAUGCAGCGGGUGUCGGAGUUGGACCAAUUGACGGACGACGAGCGUCGUGCCCUCCGCGCCAGUCGAUUCUCCGCGCGCCUUCCCAGUCCCCCGCGCUCCUCGCACUCCGCCACAGCAGCAGCGGCCGCACGCCAGGCGCACCCCGGCGGGCCCCUGGCCACGAACAAGGCGGCGGCCCUCUCGCGCUUCCUGCAGCGGCGGCUGGCGGCGGGCGCCGAAGCGGGCGAGAGGGGGGCACCGCUGGACCCGCGGCUGGUGGAGGUGGCGGUGAGGAACGCGCAGGCGACGCUGGUGGCGGCUGCAUCCUCGCGCACGGGUGCGGUGCGACACGUGGACUGCUUCGAAGACGGCAAGCCAGGGGACGAUGCCUCGCACAGCAGUGACAGCCUCAGCGGCUUUGACGAUGAGGUGCAGCCUGAGGAGCAGCCCAAAGCGAAGCGGAGGAAGCGCAAGGACAAUGGACAUGCCCAGCCAGACAACUGCAAGAAGAUGACAUCGAAGCAGAACCAAGGGGGGAAACACAUGGGCAAGAGAAAUAAACGGCGGUCAAAGAAGGGAAAGGGUAAGGGAUAGAGGCUGCAAACAGUGCUUUGCUUUGCAAAGCAUGCAAUGUUCAUCUUAAAAGUUAACCAAUUUUCCUUCAAUGUGAGCAUCUAGUCUGGUGGGUUCUGAAAGAUGGGUGAACUCUCAGAGUUAGAACGAAUAACUAGAAUGAGAGAAUACAGGAGUAUAUAGCUA